AUGUCCAUGAGCAAUGACAGCACUGCCAGAGAAACAAUGUUCAGGAGCAAUGACAGCACUGCCAGAGAAACAAUGUCCAUGAGCAAUGACAGCACUGCCAGAGAAACAAUGUUCAGGAGCAAUAACAACACUGCCAGUGAGCCACUUUCCCUAAGAAAUAACAACACUGACAGUGAGCCACUUUCCCUAAGAAAUAACAACACUGACAGUGAGCCACUUUCCCUAAGAAAUAACAACACUGACAGUGAGCCACUUUCCCUAAGAAAUAACAACACUGACAGUGAGCCACUUUCCCUAAGAAAUAACAACACUGACAGUGAGCCACUUUCCCUAAGAAAUAACAACACUGACAGUGAGCCACUUUCCCUAAGAAAUAACAACACUGACAGUGAGCCACUUUCCCUAAGAAAUAACAACACUGACAGUGAGCCACUUUCCCUAAGAAAUAACAACACUGACAGUGAGCCACUUUCCCUAAGAAAUAACAACACUGACAGUGAGCCACUUUCCCUAAGAAAUAACAACACUGACAGUGAGCCACUUUCCCUAAGAAAUAACAACACUGACAGUGAGCCACUUUCCCUAAGAAAUAACAACACUGACAGUGAGCCACUUUCCCUAAGAAAUAACAACACUGACAGUGAGCCACUUUCCCUAAGAAAUAACAACACUGACAGUGAGCCACUUUCCCUAAGAAAUAACAACACUGACAGUGAGCCACUUUCCCUAAGAAAUAACAACACUGACAGUGAGCCACUUUCCCUAAGAAAUAACAACACUGACAGUGAGCCACUUUCCCUAAGAAAUAACAACACUGACAGUGAGCCACUUUCCCUAAGAAAUAACAACACUGACAGUGAGCCACUUUCCCUAAGAAAUAACAACACUGACAGUGAGCCACUUUCCCUAAGAAAUAACAACACUGACAGUGAGCCACUUUCCCUAAGAAAUAACAACACUGACAGUGAGCCACUUUCCCUAAGAAAUAACAACACUGACAGUGAGCCACUUUCCCUAAGAAAUAACAACACUGACAGUGAGCCACUUUCCCUAAGAAAUAACAACACUGACAGUGAGUCACUUUCCCUAAGAAAUAACAACACUGUCAAAUAA